AUGUACACUCCGGUCCUUGGAGGCGAGUCCAAGCUAGCCUACACUUGGGAAGACUUUGAGAUAGCGCCUUACCCUGGCUUUACUUCCGCCGCCGACGCCGUGAUCAAGAAGUUUUGGCGCAAUUAUAGGGUGGCGACUGAGCAUAAGGAGAGGGCGGACGUGAUCCUCCGUAACAUGUGUCGGAAGUUGACACGGCAGCAGUGGUACAACCAGAGGAUCACGUGCAUCGGCCACUUCUAUGCUGAGCAGGGCGUAAGGUACACAAAGCCUGAGAUUGUGCAGGGACUCGCCCCGGCUAUGACGAUAGAGGACUUCAUGUCGGUUGUACCACAUUGGGCUGAUAAUAAUAAGAGGGCCGCCUUCAUGGAGUUGGUCAAGAAUUGGGUCGGUGAAAACCCCGAUUUCAAGGCCGUGAGCGACCGGAACAAGGCCAACCGUGGGCAUCAGGGAACACACAGUGCGGGGAGCAGCAGCACCGAUCGCUAUCGGGACCGUCUGGGUCGGUUCUUCACGGGUGGCUGCGAGGACAAGCGCGUUGUCGACACGGUGGAGGCACCUCCCUUGGUCUCUGCCCAAGCUCACCAUUGA